AUGAUUAUAAAAAAAUCGGUUAAUUUGGUAGAAAUAAUAAUUGAUGAAGUGGCUUUGGAAGGAUUGGAUGGAAUAACAUUAGAAGCACUAUGGCAACGACUGGCAAUAAAACUUGGAUAUUCGCUGCCAUUAAAAAACUCUUUUAUGGAACAGAUUUGGAAAAUUUGUUUAGAAAUAGAUGAUUUCAUAUUUUAUGAGUUAGAAAGUCCAAGAGACAAUCUUAUAAUUUAUGAUGGAUAUGAACUUGAGUAUUUGAAUUUAGAUACGGAUAAAGAUUUUGAGCAAAAAGAUAUUUAUUUACACUGUCCUGUCGAAGAUUUGAAGCUUGGCAUCAGAGGAUCAUGUUCGUCUUAUUUUACAAGGAUGGACAUUUCUUGUAUCGUUAAAAAUUUAAUAUUAUCGGAAGCUAGUAACAGAUAUAACCAAAAGUUAGUUAUUGUUGCUUCCCAAAGUUUGAGGGAGAGAGCCUUAAUAGAGAGUAACGUUAGCUCAAUUCUUCAACUACCACUUUCACAUUAUUGUCUUUUAGAACGAAUCGGUAGAUCUCGUAGUAUAGGAGAAAUAACAAUUAAAAAAUCUGUAAAUAUAAAAGAAGAUCCAAAGGCUUUAUUUUACAUAAGAAAAGGUUUACAAGAACAUGGUUUAAUAAGAAAACAGGUUUAUUAUCAAGGAGGUUCUGGAAUUAAUUACAAUGGACAGAAUACAGGUACAUUGGUGCAUUUGACUAGAUUCUUUAAUACUAGAAAACCAAAGGUAAUUAUGUGGGCUGAGCAUCUUAUAAAUUAUCUUAAAUCCAAAGAGAAUUAUGCUGCAGAAUACACUGAAGUUAAAAAUGAAUUAAAUCUAGAUUAUUCGAUUAAGAAAUUUUUUAAAAUCCAUUUAUUACAAAAGGUUUUUCGAACUGAUCUUAAAGUACCCUACAGAUCGUAUUAUCCAAAUUCAGCAGAUAAAGAAUGGCAAGUUAAAAAUAAUUCAUCAAAAGAGAGGAUAAUUAAACUAGUUACAUUAUCAGAUCCAAAUAUAGAAAUAGUGGACCUUUGGAGAACUGAAGAAAUAAAAGAAGAUGAUAAUCCCUCACAAUUGGAUUUACAAAAUCAAAAAUUGCAUGUACCAUUUUUAACGCAAAUAUACAAAACUGUGGAAUCAAAAGAAUUUAAAGGUGCUAGUCAAACAGAACUCGCGGUAGAAUUAGGAUUAACAAAACUUAUAAGUCGAACGUUAGUUCGCAAUCUUGUUAAAACUAAGGUUGUAUCUACAUAUUUAGAUGAUAUCGGUAGACAAAGAACGACUAAAUUUGUGUCAAAAAAAUUUGAUGCAAAAAGCUCUGUUAAAAAGCAAUUUGAAUUAGAAAUAUCAAAAAUUAAAGAAUAUAGUCGAUCAAUGAUAGUUGAUAAAAUAAAAGAAAACUUAAACAACGAUAAUAAGGAUGAAAGAAAUACGCAAAAUAAUACAUUGGAUAAAACAAGUGCGACAGAAUCUGUUAAUGGAGUGGAUGACUCUUUUAAAAGUGGUUGUAAAUUUAAAAAUCAAAUAUUUACAAAAGUCAACGAUAUACUUUGGAAGUAUAAGUUGUUUAAGAAUAAAGCUAAAUAUAAAUAUACUUCAAAACGAACAUAUAACAGAGGAACAAUAUUAGAAAAUGACAGUAAAAAUUUAAAUAAUAAACAAGCGAACGAAACUAAUGCUUUAAGCAAUGCCGGUAUUCUGGAAAAUAAUAUAAAUGCUAAUCUCAUUGACAGUGAUUUUUAUAAAACUAUAGAAACAAAGUUAAUUAUUCAAAAACCGGAGUGUAAAAAAAAAUCUCAGAAAAUAGCUGUUGUUGGCUUUUUAAAAAAUGUACAAAAUUCUGAUAAUAAUAAACAAUCAAGUAUUUCGUAUAGACUGUUGCGACGAGCAAAUCUAAUUAUCGAAAGUAUAAAAGAACAUAAAAUUAUUGAAGAUACACAAAAGCUAAUGAAGUACAUUAAUGCAGAGGAAGAUAAAGAGGGUCUUGAAGUUAAAAUUGAUAAGAACUCUUUGAUAAGGCUUUUACAAAAAUUAGCCGAAGACAAUUUGAUAAAAUAUAUUAAAUUAAUUUUGAAAAACAAAAAACAAACUAAACAGAAAAUAGUCAAUUUCAUUUGUGAUCCAAGUAUUGAUAUUAAUGAUACAGUGAUUCAAUCGGCAGUUGAGCAAGCCAAAUUGAAAUUCUGUAUGACAGAAGCUGAUUCGGCUAGAUCAAACGAUAAUAUUGAGAAAAACUCGGCUUCUAAUGAUGUCACUAAUGCAUCUAACGACAAUAAACAUAUCGAAGAAAAGACUGUUAUUUGUAAAAGCAAUAUGCUUGGGAAAAAGUAUGGUUAUAGUCCGAAAUUUAUACGUAUGAAAACUAUGCACAUAUUCUUAUAUUAUUUGAUAUACGAAUAUCCUGAGCAUCGGACAUCAAAGAGUGUAUUUAUAGAAAAUUUAAAAAAUCAAGGAUUUCUUUACGAUGAUCUAGUAGAUACUGAUAUAAAUAUUUAUAAUGCAGAUAUCAAUUGGAAAAUGUUUAUUCCUCCUUUACCUAAACAUAAAGGUUACCCAAUUGGAUGGGCAUUAAUGUGCGAUGUUCUUUUACGUAUGCCACUAUCGCUUUUUGUGAAAGUUCAUAAUGUCAAUUUCGAUGUCCCCGGCUUACAGGAACUCCUCGAUCAUCCAAUUAAAAAGCACUUUUUAGUGAAAGAUUUACCAACACCCAUUAGGAAUAUGCUAUUUCUAAAGCGUAAAUAUAUGUUUAGCAUUCACGAGAUCGUCUCAAGACUCUGUUACCUAGGUCUUGUACAAUUUGGUCCGCAAAUGCUUAAGGAGAAAGAUCAAGUUUUUGUAUAUCUAAACAAACGUACGGAGUUACUAGAUACUACAUCGUCUGCAGCCGGUUAUCAUAGAAUUGAAGAUAAGCCGUAUCCGGUGACUAGAUUUACAUUCAGCUCACUCGCAGUUGUCGAAAAUUAUUGGUAUGAAAUGUGGAAUACGUGCAUUAAUACCUGCCUGGGCGGUAGAUCGGUAGUGGAGGGUAAAGAUAUCCUCCUAGAAGACUUGUCACGUAAAAUUGAAAUGAUUCAGGCGUUAAAGGUUAAGCAUCCGGAAGAGGCGGAGAAGCACGAUACCGGAUUUGUACCCGGAGAUCGUAAAGGGGCAGCCGGUAUCGAUUCGGCCUUUUUCCCCCAUUUAAAGAGGAAUUGGAACUGGGUAAAUAGCGGUCAGAAGAAUAUGGAGAAGAAGGAAAGCCGAUCUAAUAAUUCAAUUGCAAUUGCUAAAUCGAGUUCCAAACUCCAAAAUGUUUCUAUUCGAAAGGCACCUCAGGUAAUUGGAUGUUAUGAGAAGAAACGAUGCAGUCCCGUGAAACAAAAUCAAGUAAAAAUUGCUGUCUCUAACAGCAUCAGCGAUACCAAUAAAUUAAAAACGAAGCGUGAUAAAGAUCAAAUUAACUUGGAAUUUCCCGUGGUCGCAUGCAGCAAACCACCUAAAAUCAUUCGCAAAGUCUUGCCACGUAAAUCUAUGUUGCGUAAGCGCGUCAAAUACGAUGAAAUAGAUUUUAGCGCAUUGCAGCGAAUGGAUAAAUUGCGAGUCGAUUGGGAGAAACACGAAGAUAAUAUAUUGCUAGUCUGCAAAGUGGCAAUGGUGUACUUGUGUCCAAAUCCCAGACGCAAUCUUGUUACUUUUACUGCUAUAAGGGACAUCCUCCGCUCCUAUUCAUUCACAUCAUACAACAAAACAUCACGAGCAUGUCAAAGGCGAUUGCUAUAUAUGUUGAAACAACCAAGAACGGUCAAUAGCGUUCUACUUGGCGUUGAAGAGGUCAAGCAAGACUAUUAUGUUAAUAAGCGUUUUGGAGGUUUGAUUGAUCGAGUAAAAGGCGAAUGCGAUAAUCCAAUCGAAUGCGAGAAGAGGGUUGAAAAAAUUUUUAAUGAAUUGGUAACGUAUAUUGCUAAAAAGUAUUAUAAUAUUUCAAAUAUGGAACGACGAGAGCCAAUUGCUCUACCUAAAACCAUCCAAGAAUUCAAUAUUUUUCAUAAACUGAAAUUACCAACAAAGACAAUUAAUUCACCUGGUGUAUCGAAAGAAGUGCGCGAAAUUAGCGAUAUACACACUACAACUAUUAAUUCAGUUAUUCAUAGUUCUAUGUGCUGCGGUAAGGAAAGAAGAUCCUGGGCAUAUCAAUUAUUCAAGGUUUACCAACAAUAUCCAGAAUAUCUUCUAAGAAGCGCUAUGCUGAAGAUACGAGCCGAUCAGAUGGUGACAAUGAAGAAGAAUUAUAUGUGUGCUUAUAAAAAAUUCGGUAACUGUAUGCCAAUGAGCAGUUCGCAGUACCAACUAAGCUCAGCCUAUUAUUACAAAUUCCAAACUAAAUGGCCUUACGAAGUAUUUUCCGAAUCUUAUAAUGUUUUACUUUCGCUUAUGGAAAAUUACGUAGAGAGGAAGCGCAACGCGAUCGAUGGUAUAGAGGUGAAACCGGGUGUCGGUGGCAUUGUUGCGGCAAUACAUGACUUCGUUGGCACGGAUAGCAUAGAUAUUGAUAUUGAAAUUCCCGAUCAGAUAAUAAUGUUGGACCCGACGUUACCGGAAAAGGACGAAGUCUAUCAGCGCAUUGCAUCUCGUUAUCAAUCCAUCUUGGAGAGUUUGAGUACCGAUUAUGCUGAGCACGUAAAGGUAAACACGAAGAAAAAUUCUAAUAUUAUGACUUCGCAAAAUGAUUCACUCGUGGUAAAACAAUUAAAAAUAGACAAUGAACAGCCGACUUCGGAUCAAGUUUGUUUAUCUAAAAGAAAAGAAAACGAUUACGACUUUCUACGGAAUAAGAAACGAAAAUUAAAUGACGAAAAGUAUCUUCAAAUAAGCGAGAGGUAUAAUGAAAUAGAUAAACCUGAAGCGAAAAAAGACAAUAAAAAUUUCCAAUGCACAUCUCAUGAUUUACCUAAUGAUAAGAUUCAGAACGAAUCAAUGGAUAGUGAUUUGUAUAGUGAACAAGUUGCAACUCCUAUUGAUACGGAUAUUACUAAUAUUCACUCUGUCUCUAAGUGCCAAGAUAAGGAUGAUAUAUUUGUUGUAAAAAAUGAUAAUACAGUCGUUCAAUCUCGUUUAGAUAAUUUGGGAAAACAGGAGAAUAAGAUUGACGAAUCUCUUUCUUAUCACUUAGAAAGUCAAGGAGAUAAAAAAAGUGAAAGCCACGAUAAAGCCAGUACUAAUGUUCAAUGCAUACCUUGCUUGAAAAGAAAAAGCAACGGUCAACAGAUUGUUCAGAAUAAGAAAAAAAAUUGUUACGAAAUUAAUAAAAUAAAUUUCAGUCGUGUAAAUGAACUUAUUAAAUGUAUUGGUAAUCGAGAUGCAGCGGAAACGAUCGAAAUGCGUACCGACAUUAACGAUGUACGCACACGUCAAACUCGCAUUGCUAUGCUUAAGAUGCGCGAAGAAUUACACGAUCUCACUUUUCAUGAUAGUCAUCAUGCCCACGAAUACUUUGUCGUGAAUUCGUUUAAACUUUUUUAUUCGCUGACGGAAAAGGGCGAGAAUUUGGGGGAGGUUACGACUUAUAGAGGACUUGAACUCCCUAAAAGUUUGUUACCUAUUAAUGUUGAAGUGACGAAUAAGGUACUGGAAGAUAUUAAGAAAUUCGCAAUUUUUCCAAAGUAUUCGACACAGUAUGAUGAUUUUAAAAUGGAAAUCAUGAAAGAUGGACAAUUCGAUUGGGCGUACGUUGAUGAAAUAUGCAAAUUUAUAAAAACCAAAGCAGAAUUUGGUGCUACUUUGCACGAAAUUGUGACAAAUUUCAACCAUCUCAAUAAUAAACUUGCUAAAAUUUUAUUAUUAUUGGCAGAAAAAAGAAUGGUUUUACGUGCUGGUAUAGUAACAGUGCGUUAUAUUUAUUAUCGAUAUAUUAAUCCGUGGAUAAUUCACUCUUAUAAAAUUUUACGCCUUGAGAAAGAAGGACAUCAAACAAUACCCGAGGGUAGCGUUUACAUCUUGGAUAACGAAGAGAAUUCUAUUAGUAAAGAUAAAGAAGCGAAAAGAGUGACUACAGCAGCAAAUUUAUUUUACAAUUCGUCAACUAAAUUGAAUACUGAGUGUGAGAAUUCAAACAGUCAUGAUAAAAAUAUGUAUGAAACAACAGAUAAUAGUGCAGAUAUAGAAUCAGAAAUGAGCAGUAACAAUGUAAAUGAAACUAAAAGUUACGAUAGUAAUUAUCAAGAACGUAAAGCAGAAAAUACCGAUGAUGCAGAUGAAGAAUCUAAAAAUCCGAAAAAAUUUCGACGUAACAGAACUGUACUUUUGAAGCAAAAGGACAUUUAUAGAGCCGCUAAAUUAUUAGAUUUCAACACUGCUGAAGAGAUUAAAGUAGUGAUUAAACCUUGGAUAAGAAUUGACGGAGUUUUAAAUCGUAGAGUCUUGGAUCGUAUGCUUGGAGCAGUAUUAUGUUAUUGUAUUGAAAAACCAGGCAUAUCCCUUACUAUAAUUCAAAAUAGAUUUACACCAGCUAUACAACCUUAUCAUACAAGAGAAUUAAUCGAGAUUUUAGUCAAACUUGAUUGUAUUGCAAUGACAAUACAACGAGUAUCUAAAAUUACAUUAUUUUCCAAGCCAGCACAAGUAGACUUAACUGGAGAUCCUGACUUAAUUGCUGAUAGCGAUUCAAUCAUUAUUGAGCCUACGUUGCAAGCAACACUGAGAUUUGGUAUGUUUUUAAGCAAUAGGUCUUAUAAUUUAGAUUUUUUAUCUUCCUUCUAAGAAAAAAGAAUAUCAAUUAAUUUAUAUUUUUAU